AUGGCAAAACUACCUUCUUUUAAAACCAUUCCUGGUCGGUAUUCAUCCGGAGGAAUCAAAUGUCGCCGCCAACUUACUUUGAUUGAUCAUUCUGCUGCGCGUGAGGCAGGUAUCAUCGUGCACGGAAGUAGCACCGCAAUGAAAGAAUACGCAUCAGGAAGUCUUACCAAUAGAAUUCAGGCUCAUCAGUCUCGAAAUGCGCAAUCUACUCGCAGAGGGAAACCGCGACCGCUCCGGUCAGAUGACUCCUUUGAUGGGUUUUCAUCUAAUCCGAUGCGCUUUAUGGGAAUCAUUCGAGCACCAGUUCUUGAUACUACCACGGGAGCUCCGGAAUGGGGAUUUCAUUGUAUUGCUUGCAAACCUUAUCAUUACAGCCGUCCGCUACACUGGCGUCGAAAAUUUACGAAGGAGAGCUACCGAAAUCAUAUUGAAGAGUGCGGAGAGAUCAUUGACGGCCAGCACAAGCCUCAGCGAAUUGACGAAUCAAUUUGA